GCAAUUCCGAAUUUCCAAACCAUUGCCUUCCCCUCCGCAAUGCUGACCGUUCGAUCUCUCCCUCGAAUCAGGCAGUGUCCCCUACCCACCACCAUCGCCGCCUCCCGCGAGCUCUCCGCCUCUUCACCCCCACACCCUUCCUCCUCUUCACCCCCACACCCUUCCUCCUCUUCCACCUUCAGCAACCCCUCCGCUGAUUCCAUCACAGACUCCAUCCUCAAAUCCGAAUGGUCUCACGUCGAUUCCCUACUCCCCUCCCUUUCCCCUCUUCUCAUCCCCUCCAUCCUCGUUCGCCUUCAAACCUCCCCCCAUCUCAUCCCUUCUUUCAUCCAUCGGUUAGGUCACCGCCGCCUCGACCUCCAUUCCCUCUCCAGCGCCGCCGUUCUCCUCUCCCCGGACAACGCUCUCUCCCUCCUGAAGCAAUCGCUCACUUCAGACCUCCCUGCAGCUUCUCUUCGUGAGGUAUUCGACGCUCUGGCUGCCGCACACAAGCGGUGCCGACCUUCAGACCCACCGAUCGUGUUCGAUCUCCUCCUUCGCGCAUACGCGGAAGCUGGUAAUCCCGAAGCAGCGCUGGAGUUGUUCUAUCUCAUGAAAGAUGAGAAGAAGCUACCGAAGAUUGAAAGUUGCAACUCCCUGUUAAGUGCUUUUCUGAAGAAAAAGCAGACAGAGAAGGCAUGGGUGCUGUAUGCAGAAAUGUUUCGAUUGAGGAUCUCGUCAACUGUUGUCACUUACAAUAUAAUGAUCAAUGUGUUGUGCAGAGAAGGGAAAUUAAAGAAGGCGGAAGCGUUUAUGGCAUUCAUGGAGGAGUCUGGGAUCAAGCCCAGUGUUGUGAGUUACAACACUAUAAUUCAUGGAUAUUGCAUGAGUGGUAAGGUUGAAAUCGGUCUACAAAUCUUGGACGAGAUGAAGGGAAAAAGGAUCAAGCCUGAUUCUUACACUUAUGGAACAUUGAUUUCUGGCUUGUGCAAAGAAGGUAGACUUGAGGAUGCCUCUGCGAUGCUUGGAAAGAUGGAAGAUAAAGGAUUGGCCAUUACUGCAGCCAGUUUCAAUGCUUUGAUUUCUGGUUAUUGCAAUAAAGGAGAGUUAGAUGUUGCGUUUCAUUACAGGGAUGAGAUGGAGAAGAAGGGAAUCAAGCCUACCGUAACCACUUACAAUUUGCUUGUUCAUGCGUUGUUCAUGGAGGGUAGAGAUGCUGAAGCAAAUUCCCUGAUCAAAGAUAUGGGAGAGAAGGGGAUGGUGCCCGAUUCAAUCACCUAUAACAUUCUUAUUAAUGGAUAUUCAAAGGAUGGAAAUGCAAAAAAGGCAUUUGAUUUGUUUGAAGAAAUGUCAGGGAAGGGCGUGAAGCCUAAUAAGGUCACCUACACUUCUUUAAUUUAUGCCCUUUUCAAGAGGAAUAGAGUGGCUGAGGCUGACAGAAUUUUCAGGGACAUGGUGAAUGAUAAAGGUUUUCCUCUUGAUGUUGUCAUCUACAAUGUCAUGAUCGAUGGCCACGCCGGCAGAGGGAACUUCGAAAGAGCUUAUGAGCUUUUAAAGGAGAUGGAGAUGAGGAGAAUUCAUCCUGACGAUGUUACAUACAAUUCUCUGAUGAGGGGGCUGUGCUUGUUGGGGAGAGCUGAGGAGGCUCAUGAGCUUCUGGAUGAGAUGGGUAGACGAGGAAUCAAGCCUGAUCUUGUGAGUUAUAACACCAUAAUUAGUGGUUAUAGCAGGAAAGGUGAGAUGAAGGAUGCGUUCUCUGUUCGAAACGAGAUGUUGGAGAAGGGAUUCAACCCUACAAUUCUGACAUACAAUGCUCUUAUUCAAGGACUUUGUAAAAAUGGGGAAGGUGAUCAGGCUGAGGAGCUCUGGAAGGAGAUGGUGAGCAGAGGUAUUAAGCCUAAUGAUAGUACUUACAUAUCAUUGAUGGAGGGUUUGAGCAACAGCAAAGAGGUACAAAAUUUUGAAAUUGUGUAAUAAUAUGAGAAAAGUGUCAGAAUAGUUAUCUUGACUCUUUGCAUAGGGUCAUUUUAGUCACAAGAGUAUAUAAAAUGUCAAUUUAGUCCCUAGAUUCUCAAUUGAAAAUUAUUUUAGCCUCAAUUUAAAGAAUUCGGGGAUUAAUUUGGCACUUUAUGGAAAAAUUAUCUCAUGUAAACAGGAAAGAGACCAUUUUUAACACUUUAACCGUAAAAAUAUGCAU